AGUGUCAUGGCGAUGAGCACUACAGAAUGCGGCCUCUGAAGGGUUAACACUCAGCCAGGCGGGCGCAGGCGGGCGCAGGCGUGCGGCGGAAGACGUCGGAGCCUCCCCCUCGGCCUUCACGAGCGGCUGAAGGUGACUCGAUCUCCUCUCGGCUGGGGGAUGCAGAGGGAGCUGCUGGCGGCGCUUCCGCCCCGCUACACCGUCCUCAACCGGGGAACAUCUGUCGGCACGAGCCGGGGCUCCAGACGUUGACUGCGCUUGUCUGCAGCGUCCGAGGCGGCGGCGUCUUUGUGCUCUGCGGAGAGGACACAGCAAGCCUUCAGAAGAAGACGGGCGCUCUCUGCAUGCAUGAGUUCUGCACCGAGCGGGCGGAAAAAGCGCCCCAGAUCUGCAGGCAGCGUCUUGCCCAUCACCAGAGGGCUGCAGACGGAGUCGGAGCUCCGGGAGAGCACCGUGGACGGCAGCAGGAUGACUGUGCAGGAAUUCAACACCCUGGUGGCUCUGUACCGAGAACAGGUCAUUUCUGUGGGUGAGAUGUCAGCCGACUGCCCAUCUCUGCGGGCUCAGAUGCACUACACGCGGGCUAAAGGAUGCUCCAUGGCCCGGGCUGCGCACCAAGACCUCGCCCUCAUUGCUGUGUCUGGUCCAGAGGAUGGAGAGAUCCACCCCGAGAUAUGUCGGCUCUUCAUCCAGCUGCAGUGUUGCCUGGAGAUGUUCAUCACGGAGAUGCUGAAGUCCAUGUGCCUGCUGGGGGUGCUGCAGCUUCACAGAAAAAGAACCGACUCAGAGCCGAAGAUGGACUUCAGGGUGGACGAAAGUUCGGAUGUUCCCAUCCUGGAGGACCGCUCCUCCUCACCCAUUGACUACCCUCAUGAUCCGUGGCUGGUGGGAGUCCAUAUUGAAAACAUAGAGCGAGAUAUGCAGGAAAUGAGAAAUCUGCUCAGCAAACUCAGGGAGACAAUGCCUUUGCCACUGAAAAAUCAAGAUGACAGCAGCUUGUUGAACCUGACUCCACACCCGCUGGUCCGCCAAAGGAAGAGGCGCGUCCCUGGACUCUGCUGCAUGGUAACCUUUCUUGGAACUCUCCUGAUGGAGCCUUCCGCUGGUUGGUUCCCGCUGCUCUAUCUCCUCGGCUUGAUAUCUGCCGGUCUGUCUUGUUUUUGUGACCGGUACCCCUGGGGCUCAUGGUCCGCCUGCUCCCGGACAUGCAACCACGGCACACAGAGCAGACAUAGGAGCUUUAAAUAUGAUGAUUACUACUGGAAGAGCAGCUGUCGUCAGCUGUGCCAGAGACAUGACAGGAGGGCUUGUAAUGUGCAGGCUUGUCCCAUAAAUUGCCUGCUGACAGACUUUGGGCCCUGGUCUGACUGCUCGCCCUGUGCCAAGAAACAGUUACGGACCAGGUCCAUCCAAACACCAUCCCAGUUUGGUGGUGCAUCAUGCAGUGUGGAACUGAUGGAGGAGAGGCCCUGUUAUCCUGCCACAGAGUGCAAGUUGCCACCAAUCGACUGCCGCGACAACUUCGAAUGUGGCAAUGGACGCUGCAUCAACGCCACGCUAACUUGCAACAAACAGAACGACUGUGACGAUAACUCUGAUGAGAGGGACUGUAGUGACUUCAAAGUUGUUUGUCCAGCCGAGAAGAGAGUGGCUCCUGGUGCUGACCUGGUGGGGAAUGGGUUCGAUGCGCUUGCAAAUGAGCCGAGGGGGGUUGUCCUGGACAACAUGUUUAUGGGAGGAAGUUGCAUCAUCAGGAGGCCUCAGAGCACGCUGCUUUACCAUCGGAUCCCUCACAACUUUGAGAGCUUUGACAUUAAGGUUGGGGUGACUGAAGACUUCAGCACGGAUCCCAGCCCUCUGCACUCUGAGUCCAUUAAUGUGAAGAAGUCCAUUUCCACUGAAGAAGAGAGAAAUAAACAGAUCUUUGGUCGGCACUUUUUCCCCCCUUUGACGUCACAUAUAAAAUCAAAGGAUGCAUUUGAAGCAUCAAAGAAAACGGAUUCCAUGUUUUUCCGGGUGCAUCAGGUUCUGCCUGUGUCUACAUUCAAAGUGCGGGACCCAAGCGAUUUGGUCUUGUCUGUACCUUUCCUCAAGUUCCUCCAUGCUCUUCCCCUCCGGUACAACUAUGGCCUGUACAGGAACAUCUUUCAGCACUUUGGAACACACUACUACAGCUCAGGCACACUAGGAGGCCUCUAUGACCUGCUCUACCAGUACAACCGAGAGGAGCUUACCAGUUCAGGUGAAACAGAGGAGCAUGUUAAAGGCUGUUUGGGCCGAGAGACUAAAUGGACAGUUGUCCUCUACACUCCACAGAGGGCUCUGCCGAUGUGCUCUGACAACAAAAUGACUCAAAAUUAUCAAGGCUCAUACAUUCAGGCAGCGGAGAAGUCUUACUCUGCGGUGAAAGGCGGACGAACCAGAGAGGCAGCAUCUCUGGCUUGGGAGAGGCAGGGUCCACGUCCUGAUCAAAACUCCUACAAGAACUGGGCCAAGUCUGUCCUUGAUAACCCCGCUGUGGUGGAUUUCAAGGUGCAGCCAAUCAUAGAUCUGGUGCAGGGGUUCCCCUGUGCAGUCACAAAGAGGAGGCAACUGAGGAAAGCCUUGCUGCAGUACAUGCAAGAGUUUGAUACAUGCAAGUGUGCCCCCUGUCCCAACAAUGCCCAAGCUUUUCUUUCUGGUACUGAGUGCAAGUGUGCCUGCCAGACUGGUACAUUUGGCCCCAACUGUGAGCAGCGUGCUCCUGACUACACUUCAGAGGAAGUAGAUGGUUCCUGGAGCUGUUGGGGCCCGUGGAGUCGCUGUGCAGCCUCUAUGAAGAGACAUCGCAGAAGGAGGUGUGACAACCCUGCCCCCUUGAGAGGAGGCCAAUCCUGCGAGGGUCCUGACAGUGAUGAGGAACCAUGUCACAUCUCCCUUUUCAAACAACAUGAAACAUGUGACAAUGAUGAUGACUACACUACGGGAUGGAGGGACGAGCUUCCUCCUGGUGUGCAGGGUUGUCCCAGGCCAAAGCCGCCUGAAAACAGCUUUCUCAGGAAAGCAAAGCAGUACUAUAACUUUGGUGAGGAUGAAGACUUCCGUUGCUUCACUGGAUUUGACCUGGAAGGUUUCCAGUUCAUCCAUUGUCUUCCUGAUGCGACAUGGACUCAACCAAAAGGAAGUUGCCGCAGAAAGAUCUGUCUGCCCCCUGAUAUCCCCGAUGGCAUGAUGCUGUUCCCGAACAAAGAAGAGUACAAAGUGGGUGAUUCAGUGAGUUUUAACUGUGUUGAGGCGGAUUUGUUGCCACUGCCUCGAGGCUCUUACCGGUGCAGCAACAGUCUCAACUGGGAACCUCGCUUACCUACAGGACUGCACUGCAGUGAUGCGGAACCAUUUGAACCUGACACUCAGUGUGGUCCAGGUGAGAAACGUCAAGGCUCUCAAUGUGUCUGUAUACAGCGGGAGAGCUGCCUAUCUGAACCGGAGAAUCUCUGCAUCCUAAACAUUGACAUCAACGUCACUGUGCCGAUGUCCCUCUGCUCCUUCCACGCUGGCCGUUGCCACGGCGAUCCACUCUUCUUUGUCAGCGAAGGUGCCUGCGACACUUUGGAAUCGGAUAAACUGGAGUGGGCCAGGUUCAGAGCCAAGUUUUCCUCAAAGAGUUCCGUCCAGAAGUCGUGCGAUCUUGACACGUGUUACGAAUGGGAAAGCUGUUCAACAUCUAAGAAGUGUGAUUGCAUCGCUGCUCGGGACUGUCCCAGAGUUGAGGAGCACAAGUUCUGUCUGAUGCUGACCAGCAUCCAGAGGACUCGCAGCGUGGACCUUUGCUCCAUGGCUGCUCUGAAGUGUGCCAACUAUCAAUUUGAGAUCCUCAAUGAAGGUGUCUGUGAAUCCAGAUAACCCAAAAUGACUUCAUUAUAUACGACCAGAAACAUUGGUGAAACAUUACUCCAAAAUGUGCUACAAAUGUGUUGUUAUUGUGAGUCUGUUAGUCUACUGUUAACAUCACCACUAUACUGCCCCAACCAAUUCCAAUUUGUUCAAUUUUGAAAACAAAAUGUCCUAUGGUAGUUAAAACUGUAUGUAAAAAAACAAAAUCAUAUAUCCAUAUUUCUUAUGACUUGCGAAGAGCAUGCACAGGAAAGGGAGGAUGUCACACACGGCCAACUUUUGGGUGUACAUUCCAUUCUUCUUCUUUUACUACUAUAGUUUACCUUUUGUUGACUAGGCCAUAUUGUGCUGAGCAGCCUGGACAUAAAGACACAUGUAAUGAAUGUCUGAUCAUAUGACUAAUUUGCAUAAGAGACCAAGCCAACUGGUCUUUGUUUUAGUUUUGCUCUUUGGUAUUACUGGUACACAUUUGUUAUGGCAUCACAAAAGCAACCUCAAAAGUCAAAGAAAAUUAUGCAAAUACACUUGUGAGGUCGCUCACGAAACUGAAAGUCCCAUAAGAUUUGUCGACGUCUCUUGUGACGUCACAGAUCAUGAUGGUUCGACCUUUUUAGGUUUUUAUGAAGAUUUCAAAGGAAUACUUUUCCCAUAAAUAUUGGUUGAGCUCCUAAGGAUAAGACUUUGGAGGUUCCCCCAUAAUAUUAAAAGACCAGCAAGCACGUUCAUUGAGGUUUUCAACAAACUCAAGAUGAACUACCUAAACUAGCCCUACCUAAGUGUGGUGAUGUAAAUCAUUUGAGAAUAAACUACUUUUGAAGCAUUUUGGGAAUUUGACAUCCAGGUGGAAAAAAAUGUGUUUCCAUACAAAAAUAAUUCUAAGACUCUUUUUCAUCUUUGUUCAUUUUAGAACGUGCAUAGGCACUGUCAAGUCAUUUUAGCCUAUUUAGUAUAUGAGAUACGUACUAAAUAAACUCUGUUUGCGCUUACCACUUUUCGAUGGCAUAAAAUGUCACAUUAUGGUACACAUUUACUUGGACAUAAUAAAAUAUAAGGAUGCACCAUUCUAAAACUGGA